UUGAAAAUCAGUCAUCAGGUAUAUUAAAAAAAGAAACUAAUAAUAUUACAUCUUAAUAGAUUGUAAAUAAUUAUGAUAACGCAUAACUAAUCGAGUUCUAUUUAGCUUGCCACUGGUAAUAUUAAUGUAAUUUCUACUAAAACUUAUCUUUUUAUUAUACAAUGGAAAUAUCAAUUUUCAAUCAAUUAAAAAUAAGAGUAUACGCACUACUUAAUUGUUAAUUAUUAAUUUAUAAAAGUAAAGAAAAAAUAACUUACUACCAAUGUGCCGAUAAAAGUCUUCAAGACUCUUAAAAAGUUACAGUUACUUUAUCAAUUUAUUAAUAAAAGAAAAAAAGUAUAAAAAAAAAAAAAUUGUAUUUUUUUUUACGCUAAUAUCCGCUAUCUUGUAUAUGACAGAAUAAUUGCAUGAUAUUAGUUAAUAAUAUUUAUCGUGUAAAGAAAUAAUAUGAGAUCCUUAUAAACCUGUUGGUACAAGUACAAAGUUAUAAUUGUAACGGGUAUUUAUUGUUUUAUAAUUAUUUGUUGAAGUCAAAUAAAUUCACUUGACACAUUUAGAGACAAUGAAAAAAUUGUUAAGAAUUUUUAGUUAGACAUGAUUUAGAUGUUAGAUUAUUUAAUUUUUAAUUAAUAUGUUAAGUUGUGAUUAAUAUAUAUAUAUAUAGAUAAUUAUUAAUGAUAGUUAUUACCUAAUGAUGUCUAUUUAAAAAGUGGUAAUAAAUAAUACCAGCGUCUUUUGAAAGACUGACGGUUACUUGUAAAAUGUAAUUAGCGAAUUAUUUUAUCAAAAUAUUUUCAUUUUAUUGCAAUUGUUUCUCUUGAUAAAACUUUUUAAUCUAUAUAAUUGUAUAUCCAGUUGGCAGUAUAUUUACUCAAAGAUGAUAAUUUUAAGAGAUCACUUAUUUUUUUCUGUAAAACUGAUAACUCAUUCAAAUGCUUAGAAGUUCAUUUUCUUGAUAUUGAUAGGAUCUAUUUCCUUUAAAUAGUUAUUUGAUAAAUAUUAAAAUUAUUUUGAGUAGAAAUUAAGUAAAUUAAAAAAAAAAAAUCAAUAAUGAACGAAAAUCGAUUAACUAUACUAACACUGACUGGAAUUAUGUGUGGAGUAAUUAUUGGAGUAAUACUAAAAAAUUAUAGUAAUCGACAAUGGUCCGAGCGUGAUAUUAUGUACUUUCAAUUUCCUGGUGAAAUAUUUUUACGAAUAAUAAAUUGCUUAGUUUUACCAUUAAUUAUAUCUAGUGUAGUAAGUGCUAGCUGUUAUCUAAGUAAAUCAGGUAGUAUUGGCUUGAAGGCUUUUUAUUAUUAUUGUACCACGACAUCCCUUGGAAUUAUAUUAGCUGUCACACUCGUUCAAACAAUAAAACCCGGUGAGUUCUAUGUCAACAAAAAUACAACAGUAUCUAAUCAUAUCAAAAAAUCUGUAACUGCUGAUGCAUUUUUAGACUUACUAAGAAAUUUGUUCACUGAUAACUUAAUAAAAGCAUCUCUUAGUCAGUAUCAGACGCAAAUAACGAGCCCACUCAAUUCAACAAAUGAUGAAAAUAUAAACUCUUGGGGAAUACACCAUCGAGAUAACGACGGGACUAAUGUGCUUGGCAUAGUAGGAUUUUGUCUAAUUUUGGGAAUCACUAUCGGACACUUAGAAGAAAAAGGAAAGCCUCUGAAUGAUUUUUUUAGAUCAUUAUCUGAUACAGUCAUGCUCAUGAUGGACUGGGUGAUAAUGAUUGUUCCGGCAGCCGUUCUAUUUUUGAUUCCUGGAAAAAUAUUAGAAGCUGAAAACAUAACAUUGAUGAUAUCCAACUUGGGUCUUUAUGUACUGGUAGUGUUUGCUGGAUUAUUUAUACACAGUUUAAUUGUAUUACCUCUUCUGUACUUCAUAUGUACAAGAAAAUCACCGUAUUCUUUACUGCUAAAAACAGGUCCUGCGAUCAUUACAGCUCUUGGAACAUCUUCCAGCACAGCUACUGUUCCAAUGACGAUAAAAUGCCUCAAUAGAAUCGGUGUUAAUCCAAAAGUGUCUCAGUUUAUUGCACCAAUCGGCGCGACCAUUAAUAUGGAUGGUAUUGCAUUAUAUGAAACAAUUGGAGCAUUAUUCAUCAUUCAGCAACGCGGGCUUGAUUUUUCUUUAAUGCAAAUUAUAUCAAUAGCAAUAACUUGCACAGUGUCUUGUAUCGGAGCCGCCGGAUUGCCAAGCGGUGGAUACGUAAUGUUAAUUGUUGUACUCGAAUCAAUUGGAAUUCCUGCUGAAGAUGUCACAUUAAUUAUAACGAUUGACUGUUUUAUAGAUAGAAUACGAACAACUGUUAAUAUCGUUGCUGAUGUCCUUGGAGCAGGAAUCAUAGAUCAUUUUACUGACAAAAAUGAUUUAGAAGAAGAAUUGGAAACACCUGGGCGGUCUUUAAUCAAUCGCGAAUAUAUCAGCACAAUUUAUUAAAAAUCAAAAAAAUUAUAAAAAUAUCAAGUUAAUAAAUACAGUGCAUAAUUUAAAAAUUA